AUGGAGCCCCCGCCCCCGCCGCCCGUGAGCACGGCGGGCGACCUCGUCGAGUCGGCCAAGCGGGCUGCGGGGCGCAAGGCUGUGGCCGAGCACCUGCACCCGUCGUACACGCGGAUCGGCAUCGGGUCCGGCUCGACCAUCAAGUACGUGGUCGAGGCGAUUGCCGACCUGCCGCGCGAGCAGACGGACCGCAUGAAGUUUGUGCCCACGGGCAUCCAGUCGCGCGACCUGAUCCGCGUCGCCCGCCUGCCCCUCCUCGCCAUUGACGACAUGGUCAUGGAGGCCGAGUACGAGGAGGGCCAGCAAUAUCUCGACGUCUGUUUCGAUGGUGCCGACGAGGUCGAUCUCGAGCUCAACCUCAUCAAGGGCGGUGGUGGCUGUCACUACCAGGAGAAGCUGGUUGCUGUGUCGAGCAAGAAGUUUGUCUGCGUUGCUGACUACCGUAAAAAGGUCGACCGCCUCCUCACCAACUGGGUUGGUGUCCCCAUCGAAGUACAGCCUCUAUUCACCGAGCGCGUGCGCCGCCAGCUCAUUACCAUGGGCAGCAUCAAGCCCUUCAUACGGUCCGGCCUUCCCGGCAAGGCCGGCCCUAUCGUGACGGACAAUGGAAAUCACAUCAUUGACGCCCCCUUCCCGCCCCUGCUCCUCAACAGCGAAAAGGACAAGACAGACCCCUCCAAGGGCUUGUGGACGGUGGACGAGUUGGCCACGCGGCUGAAGAGCAUGCAGGGCGUGUUGGAGACGGGUAUCUUCUCGGGCUACAACGGCCCCCAGUCAAGGACCCUGCUUACAGACGCAGAAAAGCCAAUUAUUGUGUACUUUGGUAUGGCCGAUGGCUCAGUAGAGACAAGAGAGGCUCAAUAG